AUGACGACUGUCGUUCGCGCCAAGGCCGAUGGCACCUUUGAGGAGGUGUCCGCGCACAAGCUGCGCCGCAAGCAGCGUGGCAAGCGGAGCGACAAGAAGAACAUGCGCAAACACAUUGACAUGUCGGCUGUUGAAGAUGCCAUUGAUCAACGACGUUUUGAGGAGCGAACAGGGGCGGAUGACUUGAAAUCCAAAAGUGAUGAUCAGCUCUUUCAGCUUGAUACUGGAAGUGCCCCUGCUGCCAAGCCCGUGCGCCUGGGUCGCAAGGCCCGCGCUGCCAGCAAGGUCCUGCGCGUUGAUCAAGUUGUUGCGCCCAACCCCAACAUCAAGCCUGUCGUGUCCCUGCCCAAGAAGAACACUGAAUAUUCGCUGGAAAAAGAAAUCAAGGCCAAGAAAAUCAAGCCGGCUCAGCCAAACACAGCCGCUCCUCCCAGCCAGGAGGAAGAGGCUGAUCCUGAGACCACGGUCUGGGAUGAGACACAAGAAGAUCCAACCAACGGCAACCCUUUCCUUCAGCACCUGCAGCCAAGCUCGGUCGCCAUCCCCGACAGCGUGCAUAAGCCUCAUGCAUCAAAGACCAAGGUUGUUGAGCCUUGCCACCCUGGACAGUCAUACAACCCCCUUGCCACAGAUCACCAUUCCCUUUUGGAGACCGCCACGGACAUUGAGGUCAAAGCCGAACGCGCAAGGAAUCGAGUGCGCAAGCAGCUGCCUGAGAAUCUCUCCAAGUCUGCGAGCAACUACAAGAUGAUGGAGCAACUGCAGGAGGGCUUGAGCGAGUUUGUCCAACCAAUCACGCUUGAGGAACAGGAUGCCAAAUCAGCCUCGAACCAGGAUGACGAUGAGGAUGAAGAUGACGCCGAGGCCGCCAAGCGGCAAGACAUCAAGUCCAAGCGCAAGGAACGCAGUGAAGCCGCCAAGCAGCACGACGAGCGUGUGGCUGCCCACCGCGCCAAAAAGUCGCAGGCUAAGCUUGCCAAGGACCUGGAUCGCUUGGACGCCAUUAACAGCGAAAUUCGCAACGCUGAACGCAAGCAGCGCACUAAAGCUACCGCUCGCGCUGCCGUCAAGGCUCAGCGCCAACUGGAGCCUCGCAAACUCAGCAAAUACGAAUUCAAGAAGCCAAAGCCUGAAAUCAAGCUCACGGAGGAGCUCGAGGGCAGCCUGCGUCGCUUAGCGCCCGAGGGUAAUCUGGUCAAGGAUCGUUUGAACAACUUGGUGAUGCGUAACAUUGUCGAGUAUCGUCGUGAAGCAAACCCGCGCCGUCGCUACCAACAAAAGGAGGUCACUACGCGAAGCCGUAAGAACUUUGAGCUUCAGUUCGAUCUCAACAAGGAGCAAGCCAAGCGUUCCGCCAAGGCUCAAGAGGCUGAAGAGGCGCUCGAGCUCAAGCGCCAGGAAAAGAAGCAAGUGGACCGUCUUGCUCGACUUACGCAGCGACAAAAGCACAACAAGCACAAGGCCAAACGCAACGGCGGCACUAGUGGCAGCAAUGCGGCCAAAAGCGCCAAACUGUCCAAGAUGUAAUGGCUUCUGUUGCUCUAAAUCUACCCCAAUUGCUCGGCACCCGCCUCGGUGAUCUGACCAGCCGGGUCCAAGCCCGUGUCAUAUGUCGUCCGUUUCCUUGAGUCUUGCUCUGGCCCUUUCACCACCAAUCGAUUUGUCUGGUUCGU